GAGUUUCGCUCUUGUUGCCCAGGCUAGAGUGCAGUGGUGCGAUCUUGGCUCACUGCAACCUCCGCCUCCCAGGUUCAAGCGAUUCUCCUGCCUCAGCCUUCCGGGUAGCUGGGAUUACAGGCGUCUGCCACCAUGUCCGGCUAAUUUUUUGUAUUUUUAGUAGAGACGGGGUUUUGCCAUGUUGAGCAGGCUGGUCUCAAACUCCUGACCUCAGGUGAUCCACCCACCUCGGCCUCCCAAAGUGCUGGGAUUACAGGCCACUGCGCCCGGCCCAGUGUUCCUCUUUUUAACUGACAAAGCACCUACUGAAAGAACAGAUAGUUCAUAAUUUCUCUUGGCACUAGUAAAUGGGAUUCUUAGAUAUGGCUGAUACUAACAAUCCACACUGUCAAGUCUGGUGAAUAUGAAAACUUCACCCUUCUAAGCUUAACGUGGUAACUUGGUUCAGUGUGAUUCUAGAGUUUAGAAAUCUGCUUACAAAUGAAUUUAUCUGCUGGGUAUAUAUGUAUUCUUUUUUUUUUUUUUUUUUUUUGAGACGGAGUCUCGCUUUGUCGCCCAGGCUGGAGUGCAGUGGCGCCAUCUCGGCUCGCUGCAAGCUCUGCUUCCUGGGUUCACGCCAUUCUCCUGCCUCAGCCUCCCGAGUAGCUGGGACUACAGGUGCCCGCCACUGCGCCCGACUAAUUUUUUUGCAUUUUUAGUAGAGACGGGGUUUCACCGUGGUCUCGAUCUCCUGACCUCUUGAUCCGCCCACCUCGGCCUCCCAAAGUGCUGGGAUUACAGGCGUGAGCCACUGUGCCCGGCCUAUAUGUAUUUAUUCUUUACUAAAGUUCUGAACUUGUUAUUUAUUGCAAUAAAGACAGUUGCAUCUCUGGCAGUAAAAUGCAGUUGCUCUACCUAAAUAGAAAACUACUCAAAGUCCAUUGUCUAGUUCACUUGAGAAGCAACAAGUAAUACUAUAACCUAACUCAUUUGAGGGCCUCCUAUGUUGUUAGUGACAUUAGACAGAUAAGCUGCUCUCACAGUCUGGGGUACAGUGGGAGAGCAAGAGCUUUCAUCAUGAAGCGUUUAUAAGAAAGGAAAGGAAACAUGUCAAAUCAUUACAUUUGGGUAUAAUGAACUAGGGGUAUUAUGUCUCAUCAAGACCCAGUACGUGGUACUUAAUAGAACCUCAGUGAAUUUUGGCUUAAUUGGAAGGAAUCAUUUGGCGAGAACAGAUAAGCUUUGGCUAAUAUCACCUAAAAUCACUACUGGAUAGGAAACAGGUGAACGUGAAUGGAAACUGUAAUAUAGCACUGAAAAAUAAAAAUAAAUAAUCACAAGAGUAGGCUUUGAGCUUAGAUUGAAGGGCUGGCAAAUUCCUCUGCUGAAGAGCUCUAACAGGAACCUGAGACAUGCUUUGGUCUGGUUCCUAUCUCUGAGAGAUGCCUGUUCAACACUGAUUCUCAAAUGCUAUCUUUUACAGAGGAGAAGGUGGAGUUGGUAAACAUGAGGACUGAGCAAUUAACACUUAAGAAUUGUAAAUUCUACCCCUUCAUCUCCAGAAAAGUAUGGGAACCAGCAGGCCAAAGAAUGCUAUAAAUCAGAAUCUGCCAUGAGUCAUCUGAAAGGCAGUUAGUUAUCUUGGAGAGAGCUGCAAAUUAAUGCUUCAAGGUCUGCUGUGAGAUGAAUUCCAGGGGAACCACACCCUUUUCCUUCUCUUCUGACACAGCUCAGAUCUGGCUCAUCCCCCAUCCCUCAUAUGGGUUUCAGAUGGCAGUGGGCUUACAGACAGUCUGCCUUGCCUGGACUGGUACUCCAAGUCCAGCAAUUUAAGAGAACUGAACUGGGAGAGUCACCUCUGGGAGAAGGACGUGGGAUCCCACCCCAGUUCUUAAAUAACUCAGGAAAGGAGUCAGACACCACAGAGGUUUAAAAAUACCUGUGCUCAAGUUCAGAGCAGCAGAACACUUCAGGAUCAAUUCCCAAAGAUCCCAGAAAUUGGAACUGGGUGGGGUACCUAGUUUACUUUUUUCAGAUGACAGGGCAGAAGGAAAGUGCAGAAUUAAGAAAGGGAAUGCAGCAGGGUAAGGACCUCUAAAUUUUAAAAAGGCUAAUUUAGGAGCUUCUAAGAAAUACAAGUUGUCAGCUGAGGAAAUCCUGGCCACCCUUGAGUAUCUUCUUCAAGAGAGCAAGGUGAGGCUACCUCACACUGUGUGAGUGCUUAGGUCUGAAGUCACUCAGUCCCAUGCCUCUCUUGCCCACAGCCAUUACGAAGUGAUGGAGCUUCCCUCUCUGAAGUUACAUCCUUCUCCCACUGGGUCUUCCCCUCCCCUCCUCCCCCAGCGAUUUUAUUCAGUGGAUGGAUUGUGAAUAUUGCAGCCAGCUGACUCCCUAUGUGUCCAGUAGGCCUUCUGCAAUAAGGAUGCAGAGGAGGGAGUAGCCAGGAGGUGAAAAUAGCAUUGAAAAUCAGUGGAGAAGCCCUUGUCUCCUCAGUAACCAGUGCCCCAAAGGGCACUGACCAGGGCCACAGCAAGGAACUCUGUUUUGAAGAAGGAGUUGCACACUGGCUUUAAAAUAAGACAAAGGAAAGGGGGAAAUGUUGUGAUUAAAACUCUGUUCUCUUGGCUAGAGAAUGAAUCAUGUAACUCUUGUCUGAGUGCAGCCAACGGUUGCCCAACUGAGUCAGCCCUGCCUGGCCCUCCGUUCUUGGGUGGGGCUUGCCUGGGCAGGGCUGUCUGCAGCACUGACUGUUAGCUGCCAAAACUGAAGUUCUUCAGGGACUUCAACCUGGCAUUUCCACCCUCACCUAGCCACUCUGCAAGCUCUAUUCGUGGGCAGAUGUGGGCUUCCUGCAUCCUGGUUAGACACACUUUGACAGGAGGGCCUUGGGGCUGGGGCUGAGGGGCAGCAGUGUCCUCUCUAUCCCCAAUAACGUACUCUUGCACCUGAAAUAUUCAAUUCCAUUUAAUUGUUUACUUGUCUGCCUGAGAUUUAAGCUUCUCUUGAUCCAGAACUACAAAUUAUUCUGCUUUUAUUCAUGGAGCACUAUAUAACUGUUAUGUGCAUAAAUGAACCACACAAUCCCCUGGGCAGUAGUUGAGGUGCAGGUGUGAUUACCCAGGACUAGGCUGAAAGCCUCGUAGCUCAGAGCUCAGGGGGACAAUGUGAGAGCUGGGAAGGGCCAGGAAAGGGGCCCCAAAAGUGUUUAACUAUGAACGGAACAGUAGAGUACACAGGAGUGCACAUUCCAUACGCAAAGGAAAAAUAUGUGUCCUGCUAAACAGGUCUAGUCAGAAUGACAUGACUGUGCUCCUUCUCUUCUAACACUUGCUGUUUUCUCAUGUUUCAUUCAUCCCAUCUUCUACUUUUUGCUUUUCUAGUGCUGCUAUCUCACUGCUGAGCUCCACAGGAUACAACAGCCUUGCUGUCCACUCACCUUUUAUUGAAUUAUUCUAUUCUGAUGCCUAUACAUGCCCUCUACAUGUUUGUCUGAGCAACAGGUCUUAAGAACGGAGGCUGAGACAUCUUUCUCUGCAUAGUUUUCUCUACGGAAAGCAAUUCUGGACUCCACAAAUUUAGUUACCAUAGGAGGAAUUCAAUUUUCCAUUUUUGGUUCUCCCUCCCUGAGCACCUACUUUGAAUGUCCCAGACAUGGUGUUAGGCAUGAGGGUGUUCACACACACAUACACACAUGCACACACACACAAAGCUCUCCACGGUGCUUGCCUUUGAGGAGUUCACCAGCUAAUGGAAUACUAUUAAAGCAUUUGGCCUGAAUUCUAGUUAUUUGUGUUUCUGUUUCUUUCCUCACUAGGUUGCAGGUUUUUUGAGCAGGGUCCCAAUAGCCAGUGCCCCAGCCCUCAUAGAACCUGCUUGAUGAAUUGUUAAGAAAUUGAUAAUGAUGUAUUUUGGUUGUCCUGGGAGUAGCAGGCAAGCAGAAGUCCUCCUCAGAAAAGUGUCUGCUCCUGAACAAUCUCAAAUGUUUGCUUUGGACCUAUGCCCAGAUCCCGGCUGCAGUUUCAAAGAGGACACUUCUGAAGAGUGAGUCGGACUUGCUUUGCUCCUCUGUAUCUUGUCCAUACCCUAGUUUUCUUACAGCCCACCCAGAAAAUAAACGGCAGGACGUCAGUAAAAACAAACAUCUGUUAUUUAAAAUAUGUUUGAGGUUUCCUUCCUUUUGCUUUAGAAAUUUUGGAGUUUUUAAAAUUGAACCCAGAAGGCAUUCUUGAGUUUGAUCUCUGAAGGGAAUUCAGAAAAAAUGAGUUGAAGCAAUGGAUCUGGAUCCAGACUGUCUCUCUCACCUCUCACCAAAUAAAAGUUGCCCACUAAAGAACUGGGCAGCAAAGGAACGUUUCAGAUGCAAUUCAGUAGGAAGAAAGAACUUGGAAGAAACCUCCUUCAAUCUAACCAACUACAUCAAUUUUUCCUUAAAGAAUGCUUAGGCAUCAGCUAAUCAGCCAACAUAGCUAUUGUCACAACUCUUUUUAGUUAAAUCCUUUGGUAGGAUGGGUGGUACUUAUUUAGUAAAGGGAUAGAAAGUGCGGAAAAUUGUUUAAAUGAAGUACAUUCUUUUUUUUGCUUUUGAUGUGGAUUCCUAAAUUUGUUGAGUCCCCAGAAAAAUGAGAAACUUAAGAUGUUAAAAUUUUAGUCUAGCUUUCUCAGCACUUUGAGUGCUAAUUUAUACAUUAUAACCCUGAAAGAAUUCCACUGUUUCUCUCAACUUUAUGCUUUAAAAGACUGGACUGUGUCCAAGGGUAUACCAAGUGGGUUGUGCUCUACAAAAGUCACAUUUUUUGAACUGUCAGUAGAAAGCAGGGAGGCACACAGUCUCAGCUCCACUCAGCUCAGGCCUGACCUCACUGGAGUGGCUGCUUAGGAGGCUGGCCAGAGGCCAGCACACGGGAGGAAAGGGGCCUAUAUGAUGUGUCGGAGAAAAGCUAGGAAGAGCAUCACCUAGAAAGCAGGGUGAGAUCCAAAAAUUGCUUCAUGCCUAGUAGACCAAAAAAAUUGGAAGAACCUAGAUAAGAAACUCCAAAUGGUGGAUCAAGGGCUACAGUGAAGAAACUACCCUCUGGCUGUGAAGGAACAAAUAUACCAUUUGGAAGGGAUGAUUAAACAGAAACUGGAUAGGAAUCUGUGGGGGCAGGGCCGAUGAAGAAACUUCCAAUAAGUUAUAUGAACUCAUUCCCACUCCAACCCCUGGCAUUAUCUUUUGCAAUCUGCUGAAACAUGUUGGAGGCAAAGAUCACCGACUGGGUGUUUCCAUGAGCCUGGCCUCACCUAAAACGCAUAACAUAAAACUUCACUCCUGGAGACUGAAACUCAAGCUUCUGGGGAAAAAUAUCCGCAACAACUGCAAACCUCUUAAUGGGAAAAGCUACCUCCCAAGUAAGGCUGAGGCAGGCUGCCAGGCGCAUACUGGCCGAUAACGAAAAGCGGUCUCGCCAAGGCCCUUACAGAUCUAAUUACUGCCCUCACCGGCAGUUCAGUCGAGAAACCUCUCCUGCAGACUGGCGGCCAGACCAGGUGUGACUCACUUCCUCUUGGAAAAUGCCUUCUGAGAUGGCACAGUUCUCUUUUCCUUCAGGGAGUGUUCUGUCCAAACCAUCCACCGAGAGUAUCUGCAACCAGCCACACCCACAUGGUCUCACAGCUGAGUCACAGGCCUCAGACCACUAGGAGAAUCCUGGAGCCCUUUGUGCUAACCACACCCUGCAGAAGCUCCCGCAAAGACGGAACUGGGUGGGGGCAGAAAACGGGGUGGGCUUAAUGCAUCCCAGAAUCUGGCUUAGGGCUCCCCUGUGCUGGCCUGGCUUGGAGCGCUCUGCAUUCCACCCCCAGCCAACAAGGAAGAGCUCCUUGUUUCACUUAGGCAGAGCUGGACUGAGGCUGGACAGGGCAGCAGUGUCCACGGCUAGGGGCAGCGCCAUUCCUUCGGCCAAAGCACAGGUGGUGAACCAAGUACCAAUGGCACGUCUGUCUGUCUCACUGCACCAGGCCAAAUUAAUCUAUGAUUGGAAGAUCCUUCAUCAAAACUGCUCUUCCUCCAUCUCUUUCUGGUUCCACUUAUUAAGACAGCAAGGGAACCCUUUCAGUAGAGAAACCACGUCACACAGGGCCCUCUCCCACAAACCCCAGCCAAACUGCUUUAGAAAGAAAACAAGUGGACCUCCCUCCCUCAGCAGGAAGACCCUUCCCGUCGAGCAGACAACAGGAAGCCCCAACCAGAAACGCCUGUUUGGCCGACUGACUAAGGGUUACGGAAGGGACGCCCCCAGCUGCCUACUCGUCCUACCCGCGCCUACUUGGGCGGUACAGCCGGGAGGAGGCUACGAACAUGCAGACCCGGCCUGCGAGCGGAACCCACCAAGAAACACGCCAGCCAGGGCAGGGGCGUGCAGGAGGGAUUUGGUAACCCGAGAGACGAGUGGGAAAGCAGGAAAGGACUCCAAGGCUCUAAGGAUGGAAGAGUCAUAGUUGGAAAGAGCCUGGGUACCUGAAUCACUGUAUGGAGGAAAAUCACUUGCUGAGCAGGAACAUCCUCAUUGGACUAGCUAUGUGGGAUAGCUGUUAGAUUGGGGUUGAAAACCACCUGUCUUCUCCUACAGCUGCUCCUUACAAGAAAAGGAAUCAUACUGCUAAGCAUUCAGACUUCAGCAGACAUGGGGAGCCUUGGGAGCAGCCCGAAUCACUGAUGGAAUUGGACAGUGCAUGGAGAUGGUUCAGCAGGACAAGGUCCCUGGCUCCACCUCUUCUGCCACAAACAUCAGCAUGGUGGUAUCUGCUGGCCCUUGGUCCAGUGAGAAGGCAGAGAUGAACAUUGGAGAAAUCAACGAGAAAUUGAGCCCCCAGCCGGCAGAGAACAAACAGCAGUUCAGAAACAUCAAAGAGAAAUUUCUUGUAACUCAAGUGGCCUACUUCCUGGCCAACCGGCAGAAGAAAUACCUUAAGCAUGUGUGUCUUUUCUCAGAGUAUGAAGAAUUCAAAGACCUCAUGAAAUCUGUGCUGAGGGAUGAGCUGCAGUUCACGGAGGAGAAGCUUGCAGAGCAGCUUGGGCAAGCUGAGGAGCUCAGGCCAUAUAAAGUCCUGGUUCACUCUCAGGCACGAGAGCUGGCCCGGUUAAGGAAGAGAUUACAGGAAGGGAGAGAUGCCUCCCGCUCAUUGAAUCAGCAUCUCCAGGCCCUCCUCACUCCAGAUGAGCCUGACAACUCCCAGGGGCAGGAUAUCCGAGAGCAGCUGGCUGAGGGCUGCAGGCUGACAGAGAACCUCAUCCACAAACUCAGCCAAGAAAAUGAUGAAGAUGUGGAUGACGAUGUUUACAUUGAGGAGGCUGAGAAAGUGCGGGAAUCACGUGCCCCCAGGGAGGGGCAGAAGCCUGAAGAGAAGGAAUUCCCUGAGGACUUACUGGAGGAAUGUGCUCUCACUUGUUCAAAUAGCCACCACCCUUCUGACUCCAGCCAGCCUCACAGGAAAACCAAAAUCACAUUUGAGGAAGACAAAGUUGACUCUGUGCUGGUUGUAGACGGUGAACCCUCUCAUGAUGAAGGGGAGGAAGCUCUAAACAUUCUCCCAGAAAAUCAAAGUGAUCAUGAGGAAGAGAAAGAAAAAGGGCCAGUGCCCCCCAGGAAUCUGCAGGAGUCUGAAGAGGAGGAAGCCCCGCAGGAAUCCUGGGAAGAAGGUUAUUUGACUCUCUCAAGUCCUCUGGACAUGUCUGCCUUCUACCAGUCUUACAGGUGCACAUUGCACUCAUUAGAGGAACAGCAAUUCGGCUUGGCUCUUGUUAUAGAUAGACAUCAGUGUGAUCGUGAAAAAGGAGGAUCAAGAGGCAACAUGUCCCAGGCUCAGCAGGGAGCUACUGGAAGUAGAAGAGGCUGAAGUCUUGCAGGACUCACUGGAUAGAUGUUAUUUGACUCCUUCCAGUUAUCUUGAACUGCCUGACUUAUGCCAGCCCUACGGAAGUGACUUUUACUCUUUGGAGGAACAGCACAUUGGCUUGGCUAUUGAUG